AUGCCCGACGGUUCAGCUGGUGAUGAACCAAGGUACAUCAAGUUGGCAACAAACGCUAGAGGAGCCUCCACUACACCGCAUGUAGUGUACCACCAGUUUGACGAAGCCUCGCUCUGUGAUCUCAACAAGCGUCUUGCAAGGGGUGUAGCCGGGGUAGUACACUGGAGGUACACUGCAAGUAGUCUGACACUAAGUGUCAUCAGUCGGGGUGUAACACAGGGCAGUAAUGGUGUCAAUAUUGGUGCGCAAGAUGAGGACUUUGAACUUAAGAUACACUCUGAACACCACGACUUUGAGCACAAUAUACACUGUGAACACCACGACUGUGAACACCACGACUUUGAGCACAAUAUACACUGUGAACACCACGACUGUGAACACAAGAUACACUGUAAACAAAACGACUUUGAACUUAAGAUACACUGUGAACACCACGACUGUGAACACAAUAUACACUGUGAACACCUCGACUGUGAGCACAAGAUACACUAUGAACACCACGACUGUGAACACAAGAUACACUGUAAACAAAACGACUUUGAACUUAAGAUACACUGUGAACACCACGACUGUGAACACAAGAUACACUGUGAACACCACGACUGUGAACACAAGAUACACUGUGAACACCACGACUGUGAACACAAGAUACACUGUGAACACCACGACUGUGAGCACAUACAACACCACAAAAUUCCACAACAGUAA